GAUGGUUCUGAUUAAAGAAGAAGCUCCUGAAGAAUGGGGGCCUGGUGUGGACCCGCAGGACCCAGAGUCCCUCCACAUCAAGGAGGAAGAAAUCUGGACCAGUCUGAAGGCAAAGGAGCUCAGUGUGAAGGAGGAGAAUGAUGUCACAGAGUUUACACUAACUGCAGGUCCUUUGAAGAGUGAGGAUGAUGAAGAGAAACCUCUGUUCUUCCAGCUUCAUCAGCACCAAGUGGAGGACGGAGAUCUUCCAAGCAGCUCAGCUGAUCAGAGGACAUCGGCUGGUGGAGGAGAGGACUUUGGAGGAACAGAAACCAUCAGUAACCCAGAUCUGAAUACUCAUGAAGAUGGUUCAUGCUCUUCAGAGACUGAAGUCAGUGAGGAUGAUGAUGAUGAUGAUAAGAAUCCUGACUCUCAGCGUAAACUCUUGUCAGACUCCAAGGAGAGCAGUGAUUGUGAGUCAGCUGGAAACACUGUCGGCUGCUCUGACAAGGGGUCUCUGCAGAAACGUGUGACAGGAUCAAAGACUUCACCUGGUGUUUUUGAUCAAACAAGACCAAACUCAUUUAGGUGUGACACCUUUGGCAAAACACUUUCCAGAAAAGAACAUCUAGAAACACGCACAAAAGUUCAUACAGGAGAGAAACCAUUUACAUGUGGUUUCUGUGAGCAAGGUUUCACCCGGAAGGCAGAUUUAAACAAACACAUGAAAAUCCACACAAAACAAAAACCAUUUGUUUGUGACAUUUGUGGUAAAGGGUUUAUGCAAAAGUCACGUGCAAACAGACACAUGAAAACCCACACAAGAGAGAAAUCAUUCGUUUGUCCUCUUUGUGGACAAAAUUUUAAUGAAAAUACAUCCUUAAAGAAACACGUGAGACUGCACAAAGGAGGAAAACCUUUUGCUUGUGAUGUUUGUGGACAAAGUUUUAGCCGAAAGACAAAUGUAAAUAAUCACAAGAGAAUCCACACAGGAGAGAAACUGUUGGCAUGCGGUGUUUGCAGAAAAAGUUUUACAAAAAAGGCUAAUUUAAAUUCACACAUGAAAGUUCACACUGGAGACAAACCAUUUGUUUGUGGUCUUUGCGGACAAAGAUUUACACAAAACUCUAGUUUAAAGAUGCACAUGAGAAUUCACACAGGACAAAAACCAUUUGGUUGUGGUGUUUGUGGACGAAGAUUUAACAGACAGGGUAAUUUAAAGACUCAUGUGAGAAUCCAUGCGGGAGAGAAACCAUUUGUUUGUGCGGUCUGUGGACAUGGCUUUAAUGAAAAGGUGCAAUUAAACAGACACCUGAAGAUUCACACUGGAGAGAAACCAUUUCUUUGCGAUGUUUGUGGACACGCUUUUAGCCAAAACUCUGGUUUGAUUUCACACCUGAGAAUGCACACAGGACAAAGACCGUUUGCUUGUGGAAUUUGUGGACAAAGUUUUAAGCAUAAAAUAAGUUUAAACAGACACCUGACAAUCCACCCAGGAACUAAAACGGUUAUUUUCUAUGAGUCAUAAAACAGACUGUGACGUCAGCUUGAUCUGAAAACAAGGACAGACUAGACAUGGGUUUUUACGAUGUAAAAACAAGUGUAGCAUGUCUUUUUUUUUUUUUUUUUUUUUUUUUUGG